GACCGGCGAAUGGUGUAUUUUGGUUGCGUGUCAUGUGCUUUUCAUGUGGACUGUGGCAGAUUUGUAUAAAUAAUAGUUCUAUGCCAAAGUAAUGAUGUUGGCGCUCCGUACGAUACAAAGAAUUUCAUGUAUACACGCCCUAGUGCCAUUUUCACCCCGGUCGCCAGUGUUUCGAACCGUAUUCGCCACGUCUGACUCUGUAAGAUGGAAAUCGAAGCGGCAAAAAAUUGAAUUGAAGAGGCGUUUGAAGGCGGAGGCGAAGGAAAAGGAAAAACAGGAGAAGAAGGCACAACAGCCACCGCAGCCGGCCGAUGCUUCCCGUAAGAAGGUUCCUGCCAAGGAAGAUGAGGAGGAAAUUUCUCCAAACGAGUACUUCAAGCUGCGGAGCGGUGCCGUGGCAGAGUUGAAGAAAGUGCCUGGAUCGCAUCCGUAUCCGCACAAGUUCAACGUGACGAUGUCGAUUGGAGAUUUCAUUGAAAAGUACAACAACCUAAAGGAAGGCGAAACGUUGGCCGAUGUGAACGUGAGCGUGGCGGGACGUGUACAUGCGAUUCGCGAAUCCGGCGUCAAGCUUAUAUUCUUUGAUCUGCGCGGCGAAGGCUUGAAGCUGCAGGUGAUGGCAAAUGCCAAGAUGUACGAAAGCGAGCAGCUGUUUUUCGAAGAUAUGGCCAAGCUACGACGAGGCGAUAUUAUCGGUGUUGCUGGUGUGCCCGGAAAGACGCAGAAAGGUGAACUGUCGGUAAUGCCGAAACGGAUUACCCUGCUGGCGCCUUGCUUGCAUAUGUUGCCGCACUUGCAUUACGGGUUGAAGGACAAGGAGACCCGGUUCCGCCAGCGGUACCUCGAUCUGAUGUUAAACAACAAUGUGAGAAGCAUCUUCAUAACUCGCGCAAAGAUUAUUAGCUACGUGCGACGGUUUUUCGAUCAGCUCGGGUUCCUCGAGGUAGAAACGCCUAUGAUGAACAUGAUAGCGGGUGGUGCUACCGCUAAACCGUUUGUGACGCAUCACAACGAUUUGAAUAUGGAUUUGUUUUUGCGCAUUGCGCCGGAGCUGUAUCUUAAGAUGCUAACGGUAGGUGGGCUCGAUCGCGUCUACGAGAUUGGUCGUCAGUUCCGCAACGAGGGAAUUGAUCUGACGCACAACCCGGAGUUUACAACGUGCGAGUUCUAUAUGGCGUACGCGGAUUACAAUGACAUUAUUGACAUCACUCAAAAGCUGCUCUCGGGCAUGGUGUACGCGAUCCACGGUUCGUACAAGAUCAAGUACCAUCCGGAUGGUCCCGAGGGCAAGGAGUUUGAAAUCGACUUUACGCCACCGUUCAAACGUGUCUCUAUGAUCAGCUCUCUGGAGGAAAUUUUGAAGGUAAAAUUCCCGGCGGCAGAUAAGUUGCAUACCCCUGAAGCUGCCAAGUUCUUGGAUGCCCUGUGUGUGAAGCACGAGGUUGAUUGCUCGCCACCGCGCACAGCGGCCCGUUUGCUCGAUAAACUGGUCGGAGAGUUCCUGGAGGAAAACUGCAUUAACCCGACAUUCAUUUGCGAUCAUCCGCAAAUCAUGAGCCCGCUGGCAAAGUAUCAUCGCAGCCUGACGGGACUUACCGAGCGUUUCGAGUUAUUCGUCAUGAAAAAGGAGGUUUGCAAUGCGUACACCGAGUUGAACGAUCCGGCCGUGCAGCGUGAGCGGUUCGAGCAGCAGGCGGCCGACAAAGCAGCCGGAGAUGACGAGGCGCAGCUAGUGGAUGAAAAUUUCUGUACCGCGCUUGAGUACGGGCUUCCACCUACCGGCGGCUGGGGUAUGGGCAUCGAUCGCUUAACGAUGUUCCUUACGGAUUCGAACAACAUCAAGGAAGUACUGUUGUUCCCGGCCAUGAAGCCGGACGAUCCCAACCGAAAUCGUCAAAAUCCAGAGCAGGCUGCUGCUGCAGGCGAUGAAGGAAAUGCAAAUUAAAAGAACGUGCUGUUGUCGCUUUUUUCACUCAUUUCAAUAUAUUCAGCCGAUUUGCUUCAAUAGCCGUACCAUCCAAACAGUGCAGUUGUGUCUGAUUUUCGACAGGACGAUCGCAUUUAUAUUUUCGCGUGUUUAUGAAAUCGAAUACUUACUUAUUUGGUAAUUAAAUUAUUCAAACAAUAGUUUUGCGUUACCAUUGUAUCAUUCAAUUGAAGUUGAAUAAACACAAUGAUGGGCUACAA